AGUUCGUUCACGAUGAAAUGUUAUUGGAAAUGUUAUUAGAGUUAUUUCGUAAGAAGAAUUGCUAUUGGUUGAAGAAACAAAAUACAUCUAGAGAAAGAUCUCAAUUGGAUAAAUAUCUGGUUACUUAACUAUAAGACAGUUUCAAAUGAUAGUUUUUACACAGGAAAUCAGAAAGAGCGUCAGUUCUAUAAGAAUUCUAGUGCCGGUAGUUUUAUCGUAUCCAUUAACAGCGUGUUAUACAAUUUUACUAAUUUACGUUAGUUAUGUCGAAAAUAUUAGUUAUUUUGCUAAAUCGAUCGUAGCUAGGAUUAACGGGGAUUAUAUUAAACAAAAUAAUAUCAUAAUAAAACAAAAAACAUUGUUCUAUAAUUGUAAAAAGUGUUCAGUGCAUCAUAGAGUUGGUGCGUAGUGUUGCAAAGAUGGAGACGACUGACGAAAAUGAACAGAAAGUGCUGUAUAACAUUUUAAAUGAAGAUGAAUUGAAGAAAGUACCCGAUUUAAUUAAAAAGAAACUCGGAGCACAUUUUAACGCCAAGUUUGAAGAAUUUAUAACUGCUAAGGCAGUUUUUGAAAGUAACCGUAAAAAUCUUGAACAAAAUUUGGAAAAAGUUCAGAAAGAAUUAACAGAAACUAAAUCGAACUUCGAUGAAUGCAAUGGCAAACUAGAAUUGGCUGUUAAAUACACUACAGAAUUAGAAGUUAAUUUGAAUGAAGUUAAGGGUGAAGUACAGAAAUUGCAAGAAUCUGUUAAAAGGUUAGAAAAGGAAAAUGGUGACUUACGCAAACAGAGAGAUGCAGCUGUCGAUGAGAGAGAUACACUGCAAUUACAAGUUGAGCGAAGAGAUUUUGAGAUCGAAAGAAUGCGUACUGAAUUAUCUUCUCUUGGAACUCAAUUACAAACCGCUGUUGCUGCCAAGUGCCAAGCUCUUGCGGAAGCAGAAGAAGUUCGUAGCCGUGACAUGACUUUGGAUUUCAAAGAAAAACGUUUAGAACAAGAAAGAACGCUUUUCUCUCAACAAAUAGCUGGUUUGGAAGAAGAAUUAAGUAAGAGAACAGCAGAAUUACAAGCAACAAGGGCCGAAGCAUCAGCACGAACUCUUCUGACUGACACUCGUUUAUCACAACGCGAUGAAGAAUUGAGAAUUGCUAAUGAAACAGUUGCACAAAUGCGUGAAUCUCAUUCGUCUCUUCAAAGACGUUGUGAAGAACUUUCUCAAAAGUUAGAAGAACAAAGAACGCAGGAGAUAUCUAUGCACGCUUCGUACCGCGAAGAAAUUGGAGCCCAAACUAGAUUGGCAGAUCUUUAUAAAGGAAUGGCAGAUGAAGCUAAUGCAAAAGCUGACGAAUUUAUAAACGCUGUUAAAGAACUUCAAGAAUUGUUAGAACAUGCUACUGAACAAUUUGGUGAAUUGGAAACAAAUCAUAAUCAACUUAAGUUACAACAUGACCAAGAUUUACAAGAAAAAGAACAACAAAUUACCGAACUUACUAAAGAACUAGAAAAUGCAAACGAACUAUUGAAAAAUAUUAAGCAAGAGAAAUUAGAUCAAGCCGUUGAACAAUUGGCACCAACAGCAGCCGUAGCUAGUAGAAUUUUAAAGAAGGGAUUAAGUCUCACACAAAUUUAUACACAAUUAGUAGAUGCAACUAAUGAAUUAACAAUGGAACGCGAAGAAAACGAACGCUUAAAAUCACAAAUGGAUGUUAUCUUACGUGAACUUGAAGAAAAAGCACCUAUAUUGCAACAGCAACGCGAAGAUUAUGAAGCUGCGACAAAUCAUGUUGCUACAUUGACAGCACAAUUGGAUGAACUUCUUACAGAAAAUCAUCGUCUACAGGAAUCUGCUGAUGAAGCAAAUCGAGUAUCCAAACAUUACACUAAAGAAAAUCAAAGGUUAAAAUCAGAACUUGCCGAUUUAGCUAGACAGGUAUGUUAUCUUCUUAAAGAAGUUCAAGAAAAUAGAAGUGGCAAUAGUUUACACAAAAAUGAAUUUUCAACAACAAAUACGGAAGAUCUAGAUUCUUCGCAAAUAAUUACGAAACAACUUGUAACAUUUAAAGACAUCGAAGAAUUACAAGAAAAUAAUCAAAAAUUAUUAUCAAUUGUACGGUCAUUGUCAACAAAACAAGAAGAAAUGGAAAAAGCUACUGAUGAGAUUAAUUCUGGCGAAAUGAAGGAAAAAUUGGAUAGGUAUUUGGAACAAUUAGCAGAAAUGCAGGAAGCUCAAGAUAGACAAGCUAAAAUGUUGGAUGGUUUAUUAAGACAACGUGAUAUGUAUAAAAAUAUGUAUCAGCAAAGUUUGAAACAAUCAAGUACAACAGAAAUGAAAGAUGUGUCUAAUGAAGAAAAUAAGGAAUUAAAUACAAGCACAGCAGAAACUAUAAACGAAGCAGAUAAAUCUAUAGAUUCAGUGGAUAACGAAAAAGAAAAGGAAUGGAAAAGAAAAUAUGAGGAAUUAGAGAAUAAAUUGAAACAAGUUACAGACGAGUUUGAAUUGUAUAGGAAAGAAAAAAUAGCUCAUGAAAAAAUGUUGGGCGAAGAAGUUGAAAGACAUAGAAAGAAGGCAGAUGCAAAUUCGGCUUAUUGUUGCAGAUUGAAAGCACAGUUGGAUUCUGCGAAUGCACGUUUUCAACUUCUCCAAGCAAAUGUAGCGUCAUAUAAAUCACAAAUAAAAGCAUUGGAAGAGAAAUGUUGUAAUUACAAUGUUACCAUUGGAAAGCACGAACAAAGUAUUAUGAUCUUGAAGGAUGAAGCUCUAUCUGCUCAAACACGUUUGUCUCGCGCCGAAGUACAAUUAGAGAAUUUACGUCAAGAAAGACAAUUAUUGCGAGAUUCGGAAGGACGUCUUUUAAAAGAACGAGAAUUAUUCCAACGGGAAAGACAAACGCAAUCUUUGUUAAGAGCUGAUGUAGAAUCUAUCAAAGCUUCUUUGGAGCGUGUUCAAGCGGAAAAUCAAUUACGUAUUGAGCAACGUUUCGACGAUGCUUCCAGAGAAUGUGCUGCGUUGAGACGACGUCUACAGGAAGAACAAGAUCGAUUCAGAGAGCUAUUAUCGACUAUGGAAAAACAAUUAAAUACGGCACAGGAACGUCUAGCAGAGGAACGUGAAAUAACUGAACGUAUUCGUAACGAAUUGGAAGAAACUCGUAAAGCAGAAAAAGAAAGUGUUCUGAAACUUGAAGAAGCCAAUUCAAAGUUAAGACAAGCUGUUGCCCAUUCAAUAUCAAAACCUUUUACUGGCGACGAAAAUAUGACUAAAAGAUUAAAGGAACUAGAAAUGCAAUUAGCAACCAAUCAAGCCGAAGUUAAAUCUCUAACAGAACAAUUAAAAACUGCACGUCAACAGGGUCAACAAUAUUGCGAUAUUGCUGAAAGUGCAGAGGUACAGUUAAGAGAAUUAACAGAACAACAUAAUAAAUGUAAAGAAGAAUUGGAAAAUGCUCUGAAACAAUCGAGAGUUGAAGUUAAUUCCCUUCAAAAACGAGUUAAAGAAUUAGGUGAAGAAUUAGCUAAAAUCUCAAAUGGUCGCCAAGAAACAGAUUCUGAGUUACGGCAAAAGCUCGCAGAAGCUGAAAGAAAGCUCGAAGAACUUGACGAAGUCAAGGGUGAAUUAGAACUUGUUAAAAGUGAUUUGCAGGUUGCUUCGACGACUGCAUUGGAAACUGAAGAAAAGUACACUAGAGAAAUGGUUCUACAUUCGGCAGAUUUACAAUUACUGGCAAAAUUGAAAGAAGAUAUGCAAAAUGUAGAUCAAAAAAUGGCAACAUUGACUCAAGAAAGAAAUGCAGCUGUUGAAGCAUUGGAAUUAGAAAAAGCAGCAUUUAAGGAAAGAGAAACGAAGUUAAUUGAAGAAGUUCAAGAAACUUUAAAAAGGGUUGAAGAUCUGGAUGCACAAAACGUUCUUUUACAUGACGAAAUUCAAGAGUUAAGUGACAAAACAACUAUUAUGCGAAGUCAACAAUCAAAUAAUGACAGUCCAAAUACUAGUAUCGAAGCAAUGAAUCGUAGUUUUAGUAUCGCGGAUGAAGAUUCCAAAUCUGCUGAACAAUUACUCAAAGUUAUUAAAUAUUUGAGACGUGAGAAAGAUUUAGCCAUGGCUAAAUUUGACAUUUUGAGAACUGAAAAUUUAAGAUUAAAAUCUCAAGCAGAAAUGGCGGAGAAACGAUUAAAGAAAACUGAAACUAUGCUUAAUUCCGAAAGAGAAAAAUCUGAAAUUGAUGUGGUUACAACAUCCAAGCAUGCUGAAUUAUUAAGAAAAAUUGAAACAUUAAAUGCCAUAACCGAUUCUAAUAGGAUUUUGAGAGAAGAAAGAGAUAAUUUGUCUGCUAAGGUGAACGAAUUAACGUCACAGGUAACGGUAUUAUCAGAGGAAUUGGUACCACUUCGUGAUACAUCCAGAGAUUUAGCAGCUAAGAAUGAAGCAUUAACACAAGAAAACACUGGCCUCAAAGGAGAAGCUACAAGAUGGAGACAAAGAGCUAACGCGUUAGUUGAAAGAUCCAACAAGGCUAGUCCUGAAGAUUGGCGUAGAUUGCAAACAGAACGUGAAAGUCUAAGUAAAUUACUUACUUCUGAACGCGAAACGCAUGCUAAGCGUACAGAGGAAUUGAAUCAAUUGAAAUUAGAAAAAAGUAAAUUGGAAGAACAAUUGAGUCAACUUCAGAAACAAGUACAGGCACAAGGUGAACAAGUUUCUAAAAUUUCCGAGGAAGCACGUAAAUUGGGUCAAGAUUUAAGUGAAGCACUUGCAGAUUCUACUUCAAAAGCUAAAGAUUUAGCAACAUUAAGAAAGGAACUUGGAGAUAAGGAAGCAGUUUUGAAUGAUAUCAAAAAUAAGGAAAUUCAGAUAAGAAAGAUAGCUAAGAAAUAUAAAACACAAUUUGAGGAGCUUGCUAAAACGGUAGAAGAAGAGAAAAACAAAUCUGAAGAUACGCGAAUGUCUUCAGGUAAUGCAGGAGGCGAUGAUUCAGGACAAGUAACGCAAGAACGCGAAGACCAAUUACGCGAAGAAGGUCGGCAAGAAUUACGACAAGCGAAUGUUGAAUUAACUACGAAGAUUGAUGAUUUGAAUCGUCAGAUAUCAAUUAUUCAAAAUGAAUCAGAAUCUUUAAAGAAAGAGAUAGAUACGAUGAAUAAGGCUAGCGUAGAAAAAGAAGAGCGUGCUAAACAAGUAUUGAAAGGUGCUAGGACAAAGAUCAUGCAACUUACAGAAUCAAAAAAAGUCUGUGAGAAAGAAUUGCUUGACCUGAAAGCAAAAAUAGAAUCUGGAUCGAAUGACUCGGAUACAUCGGAGCAUGAUGCAAGACUUGCUGCAUUAAAAUCUCAAAUGGAAGGAAGAAUAUCUCGUUUGGAACAUGAAAAGACAGAAAUUCAAGCAGAAAAGGAAGCUCUACUACAACGUAUUACACAGUUGCAGAGACAAUUAACAGGAGUUAGUGGGGUUAGUCCGCCAAGUGAACCUCCUACUGCUAAUAUUAAGCCUAUGUCUGCACGUGCAGAAACACCUCUAGCAAGUAUUAGGCCAAUGAGUGUAGUAGUUCAAUCUAGAACAGCAGCAGUGUUACCGACAACUGCAACCGCACCUGUUAUGGUUGCACCUCAUCAACAGCAACAACCUCAACAACAAAUAGUUCAUACAACUGAAACAAGUUCUCCGACAAGUAGUCUCACAGAUUUUCAACCAGCUAGUACAAGUAGUUCCUCACAAACUACACCAGGUACGCUACGUCAGUUAGUCGUUCAACCACAAUUGAGCGAAUCUGCUGAAUCAACUCAAAGAGAAGAUGCAGAAAGUGGUGAAACUUUAAAUGUACAACAACAGCAAUGUCAGCAACAACAACAGCAGCAGCAGCAACAGACUGUGGCACUUGUUAGCCCACGAGUUGAACAACAGCAACAACAACAACAAGCGGUAGCCAGUGACCAACAGCAAACGGUAGCUAGCAGUUCUACACAGUCAGUUAGUACUUCUCAAGCAUCUACUGGUCAUAAACGGACUAGAACACUUGAUUCUACUGCAUCCGGAUCAGGAAUAAUAGAAGAUCACAAUAGGCAAGAACAAGCAUCUAGUCCAAAAGCCAAGAGAAGUAGGCAAACAGAGUUAGGGUCAUCGGCUAGUGCCAGUCUUUCAGAAAUAGAGUAUCAAGUACCUACUUCUAGUCAGCGUGAUCAAGAUGAAGAAGUUGAAGAAGGUUGUGUAGUAAUAGUAGAUUGUGACGAAGGAGAAGGAGGUGGGAAUAAUCAAGCACAAGAAGAAGAAGAAUUUGAUAAUGAUCCGUACGAAGAAAUGGAAGAGGAAGAUGAAAUGCCAUAUGAAGUUGAAGCUGAGGUAGAACGAGAUAGCAACGAAGUUGAAAUUAUAAUGGAAGAAGAUUCGGCUAGUGUGGAGGUUCCGAGGCAAGCUCAAGCAACGAUACCUGUAAAUCAACAGCAACAGCAAUCAGAAGCAAUUAGUAGUGCUGGACAAACGGGUGAAUCAGCAACUUCCUUUGCCUCUCGCUCAUCGCGUGGUAUUGCACCAAUGCCCCGACAGCAGCAACAACAACAUUUGCUUUUACCACAACAAGGAUACGAAGAUGGAGGUGAUGAUAGCAUAGUACCCAGUACUCCCACAUUGUUUGUUCCUCGACGAGGAGAUGGAUUUGGAGAAGCUGUGAGUUCACCCCAAGUACCUCAAGCACGAUUCACUUUUGGAGAUUCGUCUGCAUCCAAUACAGCUUCUUCGACACCUUCACUAACUACUACUACUGGAACUGUUACUCGAACAAUAUUUGGUUCGUUAAGUUCAGGAGCAGCCCAAGUGGUACAAGAAAGCAUAGAUGAUAACAGGAUAGAUCUUGGUCAAUUAGAAGAUGGUGGUACUGGUCGUAGUGUACCUACUACACCUUUACAAGUUUCCCCUGCUGCAGAUUUACCUCCAUCUACUAGUAGUGGUCCAUCAGAAGAACAAGAAACUCUCGGUACUGUAACAACAGUACCGGUAAUAGGUGCAUCUGUAAGUGAUACUAACGAAGAAUCUACGAUUGUAAGUAUUCGUGUAGGUAGUGCAGAUCAACAGCAACAACAACAGGGUCAAACGGAAGCUAUUACAGAAUCUAGUACGAUGCCAACCGAAGGAGUGAGUUCAGAAGGUGAAAAGCGGACAGAAGAAGCUGGAUCUUUAGUGUCCGGUGAUGACGAUGCCGUUGACACGGGAGAAGGUGUAGAAGAACCUGGAAGUGACAUUGUUGAAGAUGAUGCAGAGGAAGAAAGCAGAGAAGCUGAAGCAUCUCCUUCCAGUAAUACUCGUCAACGAACAAUGGCUGCUGCUGCCGCUGCAGCUGCAGCUGCAGUUGGUAGUAAUGGUAAUAGUAAUAGGGGUGCACCACUUAGACGAUCAGCACGAUCACCAUUCCGUACUCGUGGAGCAAGACCAACCCCUAUUGUCUGGGAAAGUCAAUCUGGAAGAGGAGGACAAAAUGUAAUGCGUGGUCAAGCAACACGAGGAACAAAUAACGAAGGUGGAGGAAGAGGACGAGGUUCUAGAGGACGAGGUAGAAUGCGGGCUAAGUAUCCAUACACACGAUUUUAAGUAUACUAUAUAGAGCAGGUACAUAUAAUUGUAUAUGACCAUACAUCUCUCUUUUACAUCUCAUUAAUAUAGUGUCAGUUGAAAAAAAAGAAAAAAAAAUAUACUUAGCUUAUAAAAAAAAAAAAAUAGGAAUUGAAUAUUAUAAGAAAUAUAAAUGGAUUUUCACAAAUCAAGUAACGUUACAACAAACAUAUAUACUUCUUUUACUUUCUUUUUAUUCUUAGUGAACAAAAAUUUAUGAAAAUAUAUUUCUUAUGAAUAGGAUAUUAGAAGCAUUGUACAAAUAAAAUAACGUAUUUACUAUAUAAUAAUAAUAAUUAUAAUAAUAAUAAUUAUUAUUAGGACAUAAUCAUUUCAUGAAGAUAGGGAAUCUUAAUGAAUCCUUUUUUUUUCUUCUUUUCUCUUUCAAGUAUUGCACAGAAAACAAUAAUUGCUAUAUACAGUAAUACUAUUUGUAUAUUUUAUUUUUUAAUACUGAAAAUAUGUUUAACUACAUUCCAUUAUAAUCAUUUUAUUUCCAAGUAUAGAAGACUUGAUUAGUAAUUUAAAAGUGCCUAAGCUCUUCGUCCUUUUUGUUAGAACUCUACCAAAUUUAUUCGUUAUUUUUUACAAAUUAAUCCAAAUAAUAACAUGUUCGUUAUUUUUUAAAAAUAAUUCUAU